AUGACAAGACCACCUAUGAGACCUGCUUCAUAUCCUCCACCUAAUGUGAACCAGAUGACUCACACUAUGGAGGCCAUGGCAGCCAUCGUGACGAAGAGUGAACUCCCUCAAUUCACUGGAAUUGAUGGACCAGAUGCAAUUGAGGUCUGGAUUCGAGAGAUUGAGAAAAUAUUUAUUACUAUGGGGUGUGCUGAGGAUAAAAAUGUUGUUUAUGCCACUAGUGGAAGAUGCAGAGAUGUGGUGGUAGGGAGCCCGUACUAUGUUAGAGGCUCGCGGAAAUUCUUUCCACCUCACGUCCGUGCUGCGAAAGAAAGAGAGUUCCUGACUUUGGUGCAAGGGAACUCAUCUGUGUAUGAAUAUGUCAUUCAAUUUGAGUGGCUUUAUCGAUUUUAUUCGCAUCCAACUUCUGAGAAGUGGAGAUGUCAAAGGUUCUCUGAUGGGGUGAGAACUGAUAUAAAAAAGACUUUGAUUCCGCUGAGAAUCACAGAGUUCGCCGAUUUGGUGGAUCAAGCCACCAUCAUUAGGAGCUUCAAUUUAGAGAAUGUUGGUGGAGUGGGGAAAGCUUAG